AUGAGUACUUCGAACUUCGACACAUGCCCCGAGUCUACAUCCGACAAGGAUCAAUGGAAGACUCGCCCCCCCUACCGCGUACACCUCCCCAAUGAAAACUUUCACACUCUAUAUGAGGCAAGUUGCCACUGCGGCCGAGUAAAAUACCAAUUAGGUCGCGAAAAGCCCCUGGACAGCAAGCUUUGCCACUGUACGACUUGCCAAACUCAACAUGCCGCACCCUUCCAAUGGGCCGCCAUUUUCCACAAAGAUGACAUCAACUUCAUCAAGGGCCACCACUGCCUAGAGUGGUACGAUCCUACCGAAAAGACAGUCGAAUACAAAUUACCGUGCAAAGUUCGCUGCAAUUACUGCCAUUCCCCAAUCAUGGACGAAGGGCGGAACAUGAUUCUGCUCUUUCCCUCUCUGAUACAUUUCAAGUCUGACAAGGAAAGAGAGAAUUUUAAGCCGAGAUUGCACAUGUUCUACCAGCAGCGUGUGAUGGAUGUCCCAGACGGCCUUCCAAAAUGGUCGGGAAUCAAUGAAGACAGCGAGUUGAUCGAAGACAGCCCACCAGAGAAGAUAAAGGAAGAGGAACGAGAAAGGAUCAAGAGAUGA